AUGCGGUCAAUAUCAGUUUUACUCUGCUUUCUGGUCACCCUCCUACAUACGCCUGUGGUAGCCGCUGAGAGGCUCAUCGAGUCUAAGGCCCUCACUUUGUGUCAAGAUAGCUCGAACUUUACGGCCACCUAUUUCCACGUCAGAUAUACCCCCAAUAAUAAUUCGCUUCUAAUCGGCUUCGAUGGAGUCUCCUCCAUUUCCGGUUAUGUCGAGGCCACAAUCAUCCUCGAUGCCUACGGUUAUCAGGCCGUGAAGCAAACAUUCAACCCUUGUGAUAUGGACCUUGAAGGCCUUUGUCCCAUGAACACUGGUCCCAUGAAUAUUCGCGACACUCCCAUUACUAUUGGAGAUGAUGUCGCAAACCAAAUUCCGGGUAUUGCGUAUACGGUCCCAGAUCUCGACGCCUCUGUUCGCGUUUACAUCAAUUCAACCACCACACACGAGAGCAUUGCUUGCCUCGAGGCUAGUCUUUCGAAUGGUAAAACCGUCUAUCAAAAAGGCGUGGGGUGGGCUACCGCCAUCAUUGCCGGUCUGGGCUUGACUGCGUCUGCCAUCACAUCCGGUCUUGGGCAUUCGAACACUGCCGCCCACGUUGCGGCUAAUGCUCUCUCUCUUUUCUCGUUCUACCAGUCUCAAGCAAUGAUUGGUAUGACUUCUAUUCACAUGCCGCCCAUUGUUGAAUCAUGGACUCAGAACUUCCAAUGGAGUAUGGGUAUCAUUCGUAUCGGCUUCCUCCAGGACAUCUGUACGUGGUACCAGCGAUCGACAGGAGGCACUGCUGCGACGCUCCUUUCGGAACUUUCGACCGUCUCCGUUCAGCCCCUUAAGAAACGUGCUUUCGAUGCCGCUGCAGGAUUAGUCCCAAGAUCUGUGGGAGCUCUGGUCAAACGGGCUGGUGCUGAGAGUGAGAAAGCCACUUCCGAGACCGUUGAAGUCCGUGGAAUUGAGCGUGUUGGGUUCAUUGCUGGUAUUGAGGAGACGAACAUCUUUUUGACUGGUUUCAUUUUCUUCGUUGUCUUCGUGGCUUUAGUGAUGCUCCUCGUCGUCGCCUUCAAAGGAGCGUGCGAGCUUCUUGCUAAACAUGGAAGGAUGAAGAGCGAUAAGUUCCAGGACUUCCGCAACGGAUGGAGGGUUGUCACCCGUGGUAUCUUGUUCAGAUUGACUUUGAUUGGUUUCCCUCAGAUGUGUGUUCUUUGCUUGUGGGAAUUCACUCGAAACGAUUCGCCAGCUGAAAUAGUACUGGCUGUGAUCAUGCUCAUCUCACUCUUCGCGGCCUUGGGCUGGGCCUCAUUCAAGGUGAUCAGCUUGGCGAAGCGGUCGAUCGCACUACACAAAAACCCGGCGUAUAUCCUUUACUCCGACCCGACUUGCUUGAACAAGUGGGGAUUCCUCUAUGUGCAAUAUCGAGCAACGGCCUACUACUUUGUUAUCCCCGUCCUGGGCUAUCUCUUUGUUAAGAGCAUGUUCAUUGGUCUCAGUCAGCCGGCCCCUGUGGUGCAAACCGUCGCCUAUGUUAUUCUCGAGGCGGCGUUCUUGAUUGCAGUCAGCGUUUUGCGGCCUUGGAUGGACAAAAAGACUAACAUCUAUAAUAUCUCCAUCGCUGCGGUCCAGUUCCUGAACGCCAUCUUCCUCCUUUUCUUCUCCGAUGUCUUCAAUCAACCAGGCCUAGUGACCGGAGUCAUGGGAGUUGUCUUCUUCGUCAUCAAUGCGGUCGCUGCGUUGGUUCUUCUGAUUUUGGUGAUUGUUGGGUCAAUCUAUGCAUUUGCCUCCAAGAACCCUGACACGCGCUACCAACCCAUGAGGGAUGACCGUGGCUCCUUCAUCAAAUCACAGACCCAACUUACCACCGAACUGGAUGCAUUGGGUGCCACCGCUCGAGGCGACAUGAAGACAACCCCUUACAAGGCCAAUCCUUUCGACGAUGAGAGUGGCUCGUUUUCCAGCGGCAAUGGCGCCAGCGUUAGCCGUCAAAACCUUGAGCCCAAUCCGCCGGGAAUGCCAAAUCCAGCUCCUCAUUCUCCUGUUGACCCGUCGCUACCAUUGUUCCCCAGCGACAACUCCAGCCCGCGAGGACCUGGUAGCGUUGAUAACAUCCAAAGGUCACAGUCGCCGAUUCCUCGAAGCUUUACCUCGUCACCAUAUCGAGCACAGAACAACCAAAGCCCAUGGCAAAGAGGAGCGGGUUAUGACCACUAA